AUGGGCUGGCUCGCGCCUGUCGUCAUUCGGGCGAAGAUCCUAAUCCAAAGCACCUGGCUUCAGCAACUUGAUUGGGACGCUCCACUGCCGGCCAAGGAUGCUCGACAUUGGCAACAGCUGUUGGAUCAGUUGCCGCUGCUCAGGCACAUACGCGUGAAUCGCUGGCUCAGCACCGACAACGAUCACUCGAGGUUGCAGCUCCACGGUUUUGCUGAUGCUUCCGAACGAGGAUACGCCGCAGUAGUCUACCUCCGCACCACUGAAAGGGGAAAACCGUCAAUUAAUCUACUCAUGGCAAAAUCCAAGGUCGCACCCGUCAAGCAGGUUUCGUUGCCGCGACUUGAGUUGUGCGCUGCUAGCCUACUCACCACGCUCACGCUGCAUGUCCGCGACAUUCUCGGCUUGGCAACUACUCCAGUAUAUCUGUGGUCCGAUUCCCAGGUCACGCUUCAUUGGAUCCAGGGACACGCCACUCGCUGGAAAACUUUCGUCGCCAACCGGGUAGCUCAUAUCCAGACACAGCUCCCGGACGCUCGAUGGAGACACGUAGCCGGGAAGAAUAAUCCUGCAGACUGCGCAUCGAGAGGAAUUACUCCUGGAGAAUUAAUCAACCACGCAUUAUGGUGGACGGGACCUACCUGGUUGGCACUGGACGAGACAGCAUGGCCCAGCUCAGAGGUCCACAUCGCAGAGGAUGACCUUCCUGAACAGCGCACCACCAGCCUGAUGACCAAGGGCUCCGUCGUCGUCGAACCGGACAUCCUUCUUCGGUUCUCUGCGCUUCAUCGGCUGCUACGCGUUACGGCUUGGUGUCGUCGAUGGCUCAACGUGGCGAGCCGGGAGGUCACACCUGGUUGUCCACUACACCCCGACGAGCUGGACGCCGCCCUACUCCAGUGGCUUCGAGUAGUACAGGCGCUCCACUUCCCGGACGAGAUAGCUGCUGCCACCGCAGGACGCUCCGGCCCACCACGCAGUUCACUGAUCAAGCUGAAUCCGUUCAUCGACGACCAAGGUGUACUGCGCGUUGGAGGACGUCUCAAACACGCACUGCUGCCCUACGACGAGAAGCACCCGGUGAUCAUACCGCCGGCCUCCUGGAUGACGCGACUGCUGAUCGAGUCCUGCCAUCGUCGCUCUCUGCACGGCGGCGUCCAGAUGACACUCGGUCUGCUUCGCCUUCGAUUCUGGGUACCACGCGGAAGGACCGUCGUCAAGCAGCAACUGCAUCGGUGCGUCACUUGCACUCGCUGGCGCGCUGCCACGCCACAGCCUCCAAUGGGCCACCUUCCUCGGGACCGAGUGACGCCAACUCGACCUUUCUUGAGCACUGGACUGGACUACGCGGGACCAAUUUCCAUCCGGACCAGCAAAGGACGCGGACACCGCUCACAGAAAGGAUACAUCGCGGUCUUCGUCUGCUUUUGGUCGAAGGCCAUCCACCUCGAGGUCGUCUCGGAUUACAGCUCCGAGGCCUUCAUCGCCGCCUUACGCCGCUUCGUCUCUCGCAGAGGACUGUGUACGGACGUCUACAGCGACUGCGGCACAACAUUCGUUGGCGCCGAUCGCACCCUGCGGGAGCUCUUCAAGGCGUCGACCUCCGAGGGCCUUCACAUCGCCCGCGCCGCCAACACUCAAGGGAUCCGCUGGCAUUUUAAUCCGCCAGCGGCCCCUCACUUCGGUGGUCUUUGGGAGGCUGCCGUGAAAUCCACGAAAUUUCACCUCCGCCGAGUAAUCGGCGACACCACGCUCACUUUUGAGGAGCUUAGCACACUCCUCACACAAAUCGAGGCGUGUCUUAAUUCUCGUCCGUUGCAGGCUCUGUCAGACGAUCCAGACGACACUUCAGCACUCACUCCAGGGCACUUCAUCAUCGGCGCGCCUCUAUUAGCUAUACCUGAGCCGUCACGGAUCGGACAAUCAUCAUCCACGCUGUCACGCUGGCAUCACCUGCAGCUGAUGCGAGACCAUUUUUGCAGCGGUGGUCGGCUGAUACGCACCGCCACAUCCGAAUUCGUACGCCCGAUCGUUAAAUUGGUCAUGCUCCCGGGCGCGGAUCGUAUUCCGGACACGAAUAACGCGGACACGCCGUCCGCCGGCACGUAA